UCAGAGCCUGCAGCGGAAUGAACACAAGCCAGAAAAGCCUGAUUUUUGGUGCGGAAUGAUUGUUUUUAAUCCUCUCAUGGCGAGAUAAACUAGGCUAAUAAAGCAUUUUUCAUGUAUUAUAAAAUCCAUCAAAGGAGACAGGCAGAGCGACCUCUGUAAAAUAAUCACACGGGACACCAAAAGGCUUGGUGUCAUCUCUCCUUGCUUUCCUGCUGCUGGAUGGAGGCAUGUUCUCACCGUACUCCCCGCCCACUGGGCUGCUAGAGAAGGUCUUCCAGUACAUUGAUCUCCAUCAGGAUGAAUUUGUACAGACGCUGAAGGAGUGGGUGGCGGUCGAGAGUGACUCGGUUCAGCCUGUGCCGCGCCUCCGACGACAGCUGCUCAGGAUGAUGGUCCUGGCCGCCGCGCGGCUCCGGCACCUGGGCGCCCGCGUGGACUUGGUGGAAGCAGGGUCUCAGCAGCUGCCUGAUGGUCAGACCCUCCCGAUACCUCCCAUCAUCCUGGCUGAACUGGGAGAUGAUCCCAAGAAGCCCACCGUGUGCUUCUACGGCCACUUGGAUGUGCAGCCUGCCAGGCGGGAGGAUGGCUGGCUCACGGACCCUUACACGCUGACAGAGGUGGACGGAAAACUAUACGGCCGAGGAACAACAGACAACAAAGGCCCUGUUUUAGCGUGGAUCAAUGCUGUGAGCACAUUCAGAGCCCUGGACGAGGAUCUCCCCGUGAACAUCAAACUCGUCAUCGAAGGGAUGGAGGAGGCCGGCUCUCUUGCUCUGGAGGAACUUGUCCAGAAAGAAAAGACCGGGUUCUUCUCGAGCGUAGACUACAUCGUGAUUUCGGAUAAUCUGUGGAUCAGCCGGAGGAAGCCCGCGCUCACCUACGGGACGCGAGGGAACAGCUACUUCACCGUGGAGGUGAAGUGCAGAGAUCAAGAUUUCCACUCGGGCACCUUUGGAGGGAUCCUGAAUGAACCCAUGGCGGAUCUGGUCGCGCUUCUCGGCAGCCUGGUGGACGCGUCUGGUCGCAUUCUGAUCCCUGGAAUCUAUGACCACGUGGCUCCUGUUACAGAAGAGGAGAAGAGAAUGUAUGAAGCCAUUGAGCUGGACCUUGAGGAGUACCAGAACAGCAGCCAGGUUAAGAAGUUUCUGUUUGACACCAAGGAGGACCUUCUCAUGCACCUGUGGAGGUACCCAUCUCUUUCUAUUCAUGGGAUCGAGGGCGCGUUUGAUGAGCCUGGAGCCAAAACAGUCAUACCUGGCCGAGUGAUAGGGAAAUUCUCCAUCCGGCUGGUCCCUCACAUGAAUGUGUCCGUGGUGGAGGAACAGGUGAAGCAGCACCUUGAAUAUAUAUUCUCCAAAAGAAAUAGCUCCAACCAGAUGACUGUUUCUAUGACACUAGGACUACACCCAUGGAGUGCGAAUAUUAGAGAUAAUCAGUAUCUUGCAGCCAAAAGAGCCAUCAAAACAGUGUUUGGGACGGAGCCAGACAUGAUCCGGGACGGAUCGACCAUACCCAUCGCCCGGACGCUGCAGGCCUCCAUCCAGAAGAGUGUGAUGAUGCUCCCGCUGGGCGCUGCUGACGACGGAGAGCACUCUCAGAACGAGAAAAUCAACAGGUGGAACUACAUAGAGGGAUCCAAAUUAUUUGCUGCCUUUUUCUUCGAGAUGGCUAAGCUGCACUAAUCAUGUUCUGGAAUGGAAAUGAUCAAUAUUCAUCAGAUCCUUAUGCCAUCUGGGAUUCCUUGUGGGAGGAUGAGUAACUGUUUAAAUUCCAAGCCUCUUCACCUUUCCAGCAACGGAUACCAGCGGACACCCCCCUUGCCCCCCGCCCCCGGCAUCCUCUUCUUUCUCCCACCCGUCGGUACAGGCCUGCUGCUCUCUCUUCAACAUCUGUGCACACGUAAAUCCGCCAUAGCAGAAUUAAUCCUGAUAGCAUUUCUCUCACUCCGCUGGAAUUGUACGCAAUGACUACAUCUAAAUUGCUCAAAGCUUUUAAUAACAUCAGUUUUAGAUAGAGAACUAAUCAACCCUGACAUCAGUAACACAUUCUAAAUUUAAAGCCAUCAGCUAAUGUUGCACUCAUUAAUCAUUUCGGCUAACCAUCUUGUUUGGCUUGAUUGGAUUUGAUGGUGUAAACAAACAAAAAAAAUGUAAUUUUUCUACAGCUGAGUAUAUGUAAACAAACUGAUUUGAUCUUUAUAAAUUAUUUAAAUCACGUUAACGGAGAAGAAUUUAAGGCUUUAUAAAAAUGUUCUCUUAUGAUUCUAAAUAAAAAACAAGCAUAACACAUUCCGUUGCUUCAUGGGUUCUUAUGUCAGUUUUAAAACUUGCUGCACCUCAUCUGCUAUGGCUGGACCAGAGGGCCAGUAGUUGAGCUUGUCCUGCCCCACCUGUGUCAGAGAUAUGGGAUGCAGCUAAGGCUUUAGCCUUGCAGGGGCAUCCAGGAAGGAGCCGCUUUUC